AUGAGAAAUAUACCUCCAGCAACCAGCACCAUCAUGAAGCUAUCAGAGAGCAAAUCCGACACGUCGAUUAUCGCGAACCUGUACAAAUCGAUCAACAACAGCUAUCGGCGGCUGUCGAACACCAGCAAUGUGCUUCACCGCAUCCCGGACAUGGAGAUUCCGAACAUGGCGAUCGCGGACGAGUACGACAUCGAGAAGAUGAUCGCGGAGGGUUGUUUCGCGAAGAUCUACCUCGCACAUCAUCGCCCUACAGCGACCACGGUCGUCUUGAAGGCGAUUCACACUGAGCUGACGAGUUUGAAGGAGUUUGUGCGCGAGUUUCACUACAACUAUCAGCUCAGUCACCACCCGAACAUCCUCAGCUGCUACCAGGUGAAGUUUCAGACGAAGGAGUACUACGUGUACGCGCAGGAGCACGCCCCUUUCGGGGAUCUAGCCGCGAACGUUGGUGCGUCUGGGCUGCCCGAAAGCAGCUGCAAGAAGAUCGCAGAACAGCUCAGCUCGGCACUUGGUUUCAUGCACCUAAAGGGCCUUGUACACAGGGAUCUAAAGCUCGAGAACGUGCUGGUGUUUACGCCCGACUUCUCGCGCAUCAAGCUGUGCGAUUUCGGAACGACGACACGAGAGGGCGUGCUGGUGAGCCGGAACAACAAGACCUGGAUCGCGUUCCUGCCACCCGAGGUGCUUGAGGUGGUCAAGAACGAGCGGUUCAUCUGCAAGGCAUCGGCGGACUCGUGGCAGUUUGGGAUCGUGCUGUACGUCUGUCUGACCGGAGCGACCCCGUGGAAGUCCGCGGAUUGGGUCCGGGAUGUGAAGUAUGCUGCGUUUAUGAAGUACCAGAAACGCGAGACGACUAAGAUCCCGGAGAACUUUCGUCGGUUUACACCACGGUUGCUGCGAGCGUUUCGACGCAUUUUCGACCAUCGGGAUGAGGACCGAGCGAAGGUGACGGACAUCAUGAAGUACAUGAAGAACCGGUGGAUGGAUGGGAAGAUCACCGUGUCGAAAUCGGCGUCGAACAUCGCAACCAUGGGUCAAACGGGCCAGCAACAGCAUCAGUCGAACCAGCAACACACUAGCUCCGAUCAGGACUCGGUGAAGUACAUCAACCACCGCGAGAGCCGAAACUCGUUCGAUGGAAAGCUGCGAGCGCGGCGUAUGACGAGUGUGGGAGCGCUAACGCCCGAUUCGGUGCCAGGAUCGAUGGGUGCCACCGGACCAGACCAUCAGGAUGCGAUCCGGACGAAGGUGUGGGACUGGCUCGAAUCGAACGACCUCAGUUGUAGCGGUAGCGCAGAUGACCUAACGUUCUGGAGCACCAAGGAUACGAAGACGUUGCAACAACAACACCAACAGCAACAUCAGCAGCAGCAGCAGGUGUAUCAGCAACCCCAGCGACGGCAGAGUCUUGCGAGCCAUCCACUGCACCAGCAUCACCAGGACCUGAUCAGCUUCAGCGAGAGCCACAGUUUCGUGCGGGAAACGCGAACGAUCACAAGUGGUGGCGUGAAGCUGUAUAAGUGAGCGAGCCUGCGUUGAUGGAACAACGGAAACAACCCCUCUAACCUCAGAUUCCACCUAGUGUGAACGCGUGAACCGACAGUACACAGAGCGAACAAUACUCUCCCGAAGGACCUCCCCCCGGGCAGACUCCCGGGGCGUAAGUAGCAGGUACAUGUGAUUAUAUUAAUUAUGUGUGUGUGAUAAAUGCGAAAAGUGGACAGAAUUGUUAGGACGUACCGAUUGAUGUGGAGCGAGCUUCUACAGCUGCACGUUAGAAGCAGAUUGCGAGAACUCUUGAAGAGAACGUCGCGUGUAGCCAUACCGUGUGUCAGGAGCAGUAGAAUAGAUGGAAAGAAAACUCGUAAUUUGUAAGGAAUUAUUGAAAACGGCGAAACGGAAGGACCAUGGGCAUGGUUACCGAAUUACAAGUGCAGCUCACCGCUCAAAGUGUAAAAGGAAAACAGGGAGAAGCUAGCCAUAGAAGGUGUUAUCUUUAGUGAACGUGAUAAACGUAUAAACGAGGGUAUUUAUACAGAUCUAUACAGAUAUACUGAACCAUAUACACAUAUUUAUGCUAGAUGCUAGCGGUAAAAAUCGAGCGGUCGAGGUCGAGUUUAGACGGAGCGGUUCAAAAAGGAGCCAAACUGCUCACGGUGUAUUAAUUGUUUUCCAACUAAGUGUUACCUUGUUUGUAUCGCGUAGCGAAUCCUGAUCACGAUUAGGCAGGUAGUGUGGUGAAAACAGACGCAAACACACAAAAAAUAAAGAAGCAAACCCCUAGAUUGUAGUGCGAGAUUGAGGAGAUGUAACUAACCGAAGCAUAGCGCAAGUUAGACACUUAACCGAACGGUGUUUAGAGUACGCGUGUGUGUGUUUGACAAGGAUAUCCCCGAUCCUUAACGCCGGUGCAGAGACACACCAUGAACGAUGCAAUAAUAGCUGACGGAGAUAAGAAUGGGGCGAUUGUUCGCUCAGACCCUAUACACUCAAAGAAAGCAAGAAAGAAUAGCUGGCGGCCGAAACGAGACGGUGUAGUUUUACCUCCAUUUUGGAAGGCGGGCGUUGCGUUUUUGGGGUAAUGCGUGUUCGCGGGCAUGCCGAUUUGUAGAUAAACCGCGCUGGAGUUCAGGAGUCUGUUUAGUCGAUUAAUAAAGUAUGUGAUA